UGUGUGGGCACCAGUGGCCGGCCGAGCUGUGGAGGAGCAGCCGCCGCCAUUUUGUGCGUGUCUGUGUUUUGCCCCCUCCCCACCCCCCGUCCCGGAGGAGCGGCGGCAGCCGGGACGCCCCUGUCUCUUCUGCUGGUCAGGUGAGGCGAAGCGAAGGCGUUGGAGCCAGGCGGAGGGAGUCAUCGCCGGCGGCUGCCGCAGCCGUGAGGUAGCGCCGUUUGCAGUAAGCGAGGGGGACGAAGCGGCAAGACGGAGAAGGGGGGGAAAAAACCGUCAGAGCUGCCCCCCGACAGGAGGAGGAGUCUCGGCGCCAGGCCCAGGCGCAGCCCCGGCACCGGCGGCAGCAUGGAGAACUCGCAGCUAUGCAAGCUGUUCAUUGGCGGCCUCAACGUGCAGACCACGGAGGCCGGGCUGCGGGAGCACUUCGCGGCCUACGGCACCCUCACCGACUGCGUGGUCGUGCUCAACCCGCAGACCAAGCGCUCCCGCUGCUUCGGCUUCGUCACCUACUCGGCGGUAGAGGAGGCCGAUGCCGCCAUGGCCGCGUCGCCCCACGCGGUGGACGGGAACGCGGUGGAGCUGAAGCGGGCCGUGUCCCGGGAGGACUCGGCCAAACCGGGGGCUCACGCUAAGGUGAAGAAGCUCUUUGUGGGCGGCCUCAAAGGGGACGUAGGCGAAGGGGACCUGGUGCAGCAUUUCAGCCAGUUCGGCCCGGUGGAGAAGGCGGAGAUUAUCGCCGACAAACAGAGCGGGAAAAAGCGCGGCUUCGGCUUCGUCUAUUUCCAGAACCACGAUGCCGCCGACAAGGCGGCCGUGGUCAAGUUCCACCCGAUCCAGGGCCACCGAGUGGAGGUGAAGAAGGCUGUGCCCAAGGAGGACAUCCAGUCGGGCGGGGGAGGCGGCGGUUCUAGGCCUUCCCGGGGCGGCAGAGGCGGAGGAAGGGGCCGGGGCGGCGGCGGAUCCGGCAACCGGGAUCACAACGGUCUUUCCAAAGGCGGCGGCGGUUACAAUAGCUACGGCGGUUACGGUGGAGGAGGAGGUGGCGGCGGUGGCGGUUACGGCUCCUAUGGCAGCGGUUCCUACGGCGGUGGCGGCGGAGGGGGAGGCGGCGACUACGGCAACGGGUACGGCGGGUUCGGCAGCUACAGCCAGCAUCAGUCCUCCUACGGCCCCAUGAAGAGCGGCGGAGGAGGUGGAGGAGGGGGCGGCAGCUGGGGGGGCCGCAGUAACAGUGGACCGUACAGAGGAGGCUAUGGUGGGGGAGGCUACGGGGGCGGCUCUUUCUGAGCUGGAGCGCCUAUACCCAUUGGGGGUGGCGUGGAAAGCCUUCCCUUUGAUACGGGGCAGCUUCUAAAUGGUUUCUCCCCUCGUUCGCCGAAGGGCAUCUCCUUUUAAAUGUCUCCCAGCUGUGGGAGCAGCUCCUAAAUGCCCCCUGAGGGUCGCCUCUGCUGCCUGUGCCACUUCUUUCUCUCUGAAGAUGGACUGGGCCACACAUACACAUACUUUGUGUUACAGUCAUUGAUGGACUCUAUUUUUUUAUUAUUACUUGGACCUUGGUCGUUUUUAUACUAGCAACGAAAAAUGUCUUGUUUUAAUUUGUUUUGGUUUUUUUUUUGGGAUGGGGGGGGGGACGUACCGGGUGGGAGUUGUUUUGUUGAUCUGGAGUAAAAACUGGGAAGGGUUAUGGGGGAAUUUCCUUUGUUAUAAGGACUCGAUACCUGGCUCCUACAUUUUUUUCUACAAAACCUACUCGGAUCCCAUGACUGAAAUUAACAUUUCUGUAAAGGAGGAAAAAAAAAAUCGUUUUUACGUUUUUUAUUUUUUAAAUAAAUCACUGUGUUCAUUGACCUUUACAUGUCUAAUUAUUUUUCCUAGGAUCCAUUCCGUACGGUUUGAAGGCUUUUGUAGGUUUGAAGCAAGCGUUCCUCUGAUUUCAAAGCUCUGUGUACCUAGAGUAAAUAUUUUCUUGCCAGUAAAGGUCCUAACUGACUUUUUUGCUACCCCCUGCUAGUGGAUUCAUUGGCUUUCAGGCGCUCGACAGAGAAAUUUUUGAAGUACUAACCCGUGGAUGUCCGUUUUUAAAUCCCUUGUUCUCCCCCCGUUUGUGUGCAUCCACCAUCUUGUACUGGGCGGUUUGACGUGCUGACAUGGUUGGUCAAGUUUUUCUAUAGGACUUUUUUCCAUCAACGUAUGUACUGUGUAGUUUUGAAGAAAUAGUUUGUGUUAAGCAUGUGCUUCAUUCAUAUGAAAUGUUCCGAAUUUCCUAUUGCUUAGUUUCAGGUCCUCUUCUCGGUUUGUCUGUGUAUGAUUCCUUCCAGGAAAGGGUCGACAUUUAUCCCGUCUUAAACGCGUACUUGUUUUCAUAGUACCGGGUUAACAGACUUUUCACUCUGAACUAUUGUCCUUCGUUAAAGUUCCCCAGGAAUCUUUCGCAGCACCAUCUACCGACAGGAUGGCAGCCCCCUUGCUGCAGGCUUCGUUACAGCAGGAGGAAAAGUGGUUUGCUAACGAUUGUACUAGACUUUGGAAAGGUAUUUCAUGCCACUAGAUGACUGGUGUCGAAUGCAGUGACAUCCGCAUGUGAAUAAAGAUGGGCUCCAUGAGUACAAACUGGAAAAGGAAUGGAUUUGCAAUGCCUGCCUCAGCACCUAUUCUUUUCUUUCCUUCGAUUUUUAAUAAUGACAAUUGCCCAUGUUUCAAAAUGGUAAUCUAAACUAUGUGGGCAAAGUGCUGUGAUAAGUGAGCCAGCAAAGUGUACCAGCAAUGUAGGUGCCCGUUGUAAAGCAAAAACUCUCUGUGUAGUCUGCUUGAUUAACAAAUGUAUAUUUGUAGCCCUUUCACGCAAUAGAAUUGGAAGUUUGUUGUUUAUUAAAAAGCAUAAUGUUUUAGGGGAAAACUGCCUUCCUGCAUAGAAAUAGAGAAUAGCAAACGUUUAUGGGUUUAUGGAUAUCAAAUAAAGAUUUGAAUUCCUUAUAUA